CGAUCGCGCUCCUCAGCGCCCUCCCGCUCUCCCGGCCGCGGUCCCCUCGCCUGCGCCGCCCCGCCGCCGGCUCCGCCGCCGCCCCUGGCGACCAUGGCGCACCGGGGGCCCCCGCGUACCCCGAAGGGCCCCGGCCCCGCCGCCCGAGCCCCUAGCCCCGGGGCCCCUCCGCCGCCGCGCUCGCGGCCGCUGCUGCUGCUGCUGCUGCUGCUGGGCGCCUGCGGGGCGGCGGGGCGCUCCCCCGAGCCCGGGCGCCUGGGUCCCCGCGCGCAGCUGACUCGGGUGCCACGGAGCCCUCCCGCGGGGCGCGCGGAGGCCGGUGGCGGCGAGGACCGGCGGGCGCGCGGCACGGAGCCCCGCGUCCCGGGUCCGAGACCAGGUCCCGCUCCGAGUCCCGGCGAGGACGGCGCCCCCGCCGCGGGCAACCGGCGCUGGGAGCGGGCGGCGCCGCUGGCCGGAGCGGCUUCGCGGGCGCAGGUCUCGCUCAUCAGCACGUCGUUCGUGCUCAAGGGGGACGCGACGCACAACCAGGCGAUGGUGCACUGGACGGGCGAGAACAGCAGCGUGAUCUUGAUCCUGACGAAGUACUACCAUGCAGACAUGGGGAAGGUUCUGGAAAGCUCACUGUGGCGGUCGUCGGAUUUCGGGACGUCCUACACCAAGCUCACCCUCCAGCCUGGCGUCACCACCAUCAUCGACAACUUCUACAUCUGCCCGACCAAUAAACGGAAGGUUAUCCUCGUCAGCUCCUCACUCAGUGACGGGGACCAGAGCCUAUUCCUCAGCACGGACGAAGGCGCCACCUUUCAGAAGCAGCCCGUUCCCUUCUUCGUGGAAACACUGAUUUUUCAUCCCAAGGAGGAAGACAAGAUCCUCGCCUACACAAGGGAGAGCAAGCUCUACGUGUCAUCUGACUUGGGGAAAAAGUGGACUCUUCUGCAAGAUCGAGUGACUAAAGACCACGUGUUCUGGGCUGUGUCUGGGGUGGACGAUGACCCUGACUUGGUCCAUGUGGAAGCCCAGGACCUCAGUGGAGGUUUUCGGUACGUCACCUGCUCAAUCUACAAUUGCUCUGAGAAGACUCUGACGGCCCCGUUUGCAGGCCCCAUUGACCAGGGCACUCUGACUGUGCAGGACGAUUACAUCUUCUUUAAGGCAACAUCAGCAAACCGGACGAAAUACUAUGUUUCUUACCGUCGCAACGAAUUUGUCCUGAUGAAGCUGCCGAAGUACGCACUGCCAAAGGAUCUGCAGAUCAUCAGCACGGAUGAGAGUCAGGUGUUCGUGGCGGUGCAGGAGUGGUACCAGGUGGACACCUACAACCUGUACCAGUCGGAUCCGCGGGGUGUGCACUACGCGCUGGCGCUGGAGGAUGUGCGCAGCUCGAGGCAGGCGGAGGAGAGCGUGCUCAUUGACAUCCUGGAGGUCAGAGGGGUGAAAGGAGUCUUCCUGGCAAACCAAAAAAUUGAUGGGAAAGUUAUGACGCUUAUAACCUACAACAAGGGCCGUGACUGGGAUUACCUGAGGCCACCCAGCAUGGACAUGAAUGGAAAACCAACCAACUGCAAGCCUCCAGACUGCCACCUGCACCUGCACCUGCGCUGGGCAGACAACCCCUAUGUAUCGGGCACUGUGCACACCAAGGACACGGCCCCAGGCCUCAUCAUGGGUGCAGGUAACCUGGGCUCACAGCUGGUGGAAUAUAAAGAAGAAAUGUACAUCACAUCAGACUGCGGACACACCUGGCGGCAGGUGUUUGAGGAGGAGCACCACAUCCUGUACCUGGACCACGGCGGGGUGAUCGUGGCCAUCAAAGACACCUCCAUCCCCUUGAAGAUCCUCAAGUUCAGUGCGGAUGAGGGCCUCACCUGGAGCACGUACAACUUCACCAGCACCUCAGUGUUUGUGGACGGGCUGCUGAGUGAGCCAGGGGACGAGACACUGGUUAUGACGGUCUUUGGCCACAUCAGCUUUCGCUCCGACUGGGAGCUGGUCAAGGUGGACUUCCGGCCCUCGUUCUCCAGGCAGUGCAGCGAGGAGGACUACAGUUCCUGGGACCUGUCCAACCUGCAGGGUGACCACUGCAUCAUGGGCCAGCAGAGAAGUUUCCGGAAGAGAAAGUCUACGUCCUGGUGCAUCAAGGGGAGGAGUUUCACAUCAGCACUCACAUCCCACGUGUGUGAGUGCCGGGACUCGGACUUCCUGUGCGACUACGGAUUUGAACGCUCCCCCUCCUCAGAGUCCAACACCAACAAGUGCUCUGCCAACUUCUGGUUCAACCCCUUGUCCCCGCCUGACGACUGUGCCCUGGGCCAGACCUACACCAGCAGCCUUGGGUACCGGAAAGUGGUGUCCAACAUGUGUGAGGGUGGUGUGGACCUGCAGCAGGGUCCCGUGCAGCUGCAGUGCCCCCUCACCCCGCCCCGCGGCCUGCAGGUCAGCAUCCAAGGCGAGGCGGUGGCCGUGCGACCUGGAGAGGACGUCCUGUUUGUGGUGCGGCAGGAGCACGGCGAUGUCCUGACCACCAAGUACCAGGUGGACCUCGGGGACGGCUUCAAGGCCAUGUACGUGAACCUUACGCUGACCGGGGAACCCAUCCGGCACCGCUAUGAGAGUCCCGGUGUCUACCGCGUGUCUGUGAGGGCAGAGAACAUCGCUGGCCACGACGAGGCGGUGCUCUUUGUCCAGGUCAACUCCCCUCUGCAGGCCCUCUACCUGGAGGUGGUUCCUGUCGUCGGCAUCAACCAGGAGGUGAACCUCACAGCUGUGCUGCUUCCCUUGAACCCCAACCUCACCGUCUUCUACUGGUGGAUCGGCCACAGCCUGCAGCCCCUGCUUUCCCUGGAUAAUUCUGUGACAACGCGAUUUUCGGACACGGGCGACGUGCGUGUGACCGUGCAGGCCGCCUGCGGGAACUCGGUGCUGCAGGACUCCAGGGUCCUCCGUGUGCUGGAUCAAUUUCAGGUCGUGCCUCUAGAGUUUUCCAAGGAGCUGGAUGCCUACAACCCCAAUACGCCCGAGUGGAGGGAAGAUGUGGGCCUGGUGGUCACCCGGCUGCUCUCCAAGGAAACCAGCGUCCCUGAGGAGCUCCUGGUGACUGUGGUGAAGCCGGGGCUCCCCACCUUGGCUGACCUGUUCGUGCUCCUUCCCCCUCCCAGGCCCACAAGGAAGAGGAGCCUCUCAAGUGAUAAGAGGCUUGCUGCCGUCCAGCAGGUGCUGAAGGCUCAGAAGAUCAGCUUCCUCCUGCGAGGGGGGGUCCGGGUCCUGGUGGCGCUGCGGGACACAGGCACAGGUGUGCAGCAGCUGGGCAGUGGCGGCGGCUACUGGGCGGUGGUGGUGCUGUUUGUCAUCGGGCUCUUCGCCGCGGGAGCGUUCAUCCUCUACAAGUUCAAAAGCAGGAAACGGCCCGGCAGGACCGUGUAUGCCCAAAUGCACAAUGAGAAGGAGCAGGAGAUGACCAGCCCUGUGAGCCACAGCGAGGACGUCCAGGGCGCCGUCCAGGGUGAGGAGUUUAUAGAUGAUGAUCUCAACUCACAGACUCUAGGCAACCACUCCGGCGUGGUCCUGAGCAUCAACUCCCGAGAGAUGCACAGCUACCUGGUGAGCUGAUGUGCGGUCGCCCAGCAUCCAUCGUUUCACCCUAUGGAGGCACAGAACCACCGGCGAAGCCGGCGGCCAGACUGAUGGCCCUCGGAGACCUGCGGAAAGCCCCACUCCCUGAGUCGCCCCCAUGCCUGGCGACAGGCACCACCCCCUCUGAUAAGUCCAAGACCCCCAGGCCCAUGGGGGUCCACAGGACCCCCAGACACAGCCCUGCCCCUAUGGAACACCAGGCCUGACUCGAGCAGGUUCUGUUCCCAGACCCCACACACGGCCACCCCAUGUGCUGUUGCUCAGCCUGAGGCCUGACUUCUCUGGGCUGAGGCUGGUCGUCCUAGAGCCCGCCCAGUACCUUGGGCUUCAAGAGCCUCAGACCUGCUCAGACAUGGCCUGGCGGGCUCCUUCCCCGCAAAGGCUGGGGCCUCCCUGACGUUGCUUUCUUCCUCACUCCCAUCUGCGUGGCCGCCUGGUCCCUCUGUGGGAGCCGUGAGCCGGGCCCUCCCAACUCCACCCUUCAGGCCCCCAGUGCCCUCCACCUGGAAGCUGCAGCUCUGUAAAUGCUUCUCUAGGUAGCUGUGGGCAGUGUCAGGGGGUGUCUCACUCUCCAUCUUUAUGGCCAGCGGUAGCCACUGGGGUCACUCUAUCAGAGCCCCAUACUCGGGAGCCCCCUUCCCUGAGUGCCCUCCUCUAGAGCCCCAAGGGGCAGCAGCUCUCCCUGGUUCUCCCCAGGGCAGACGGGGUGGGACGGGCACAGGACCCAUGGCUCCUCGCCCUCACUCCUGCCAGCAAGCAGCACCCUCCCACAGGCUUCUCCCACCUGAUGGCUCCUCUCCCACUGGGUCUGGGCUCCAGAAGGAACCAGGAACCCCCAGAAAGGUGGAUGGUGGAGACGGCGCCAAUGCACGUGUUUUCUGCACUUCUGUAUAGACGGAGGGACCGGGGCAGAAACCAAGCUGGGAGAGGGAGGCUAGGAAUGACAGGACCGGAAGGGCCAUCACAGUGCCCCGUUUUCAAGAAGGGGAAACUGAGGCCCAGGGAGGAGAGUGACUUUCACAAGGUCACAGCAAGAUCACGGCAGAGGUGGCCCUGGACCCAGCCCUCUGCGCCCCAGUGCCAUGCAGUCUCCACACCCUCCACCCCCCAACAGUUUCCUAGAAUCAGGGAUGUUAGCGUAAUUCUACACAUGGGAAUUUACGGGGGGUGGGGGGUCACCUUUUGCCUUGAAAUGGGAAGUCAGUAGCCCAGUAACCCUUUCCUCCUCCUCGUCCCUCCUCCCCCUCCUCUCUGGCAGGGCUCCCUCUCUGAGGGGAGAACGCCAGAGCCAAGACUGGUGAUGCCAAGGCUGGUGACACACUGGCUGGGGGCAAAUCCAAAUGAGGGAGCAGACAUACUCCUGCGCACCAUGUCUGGGCCUAGGGACAUGACCCCAUUUUCCCUAGAAAAGAAACAUGGCCCGUUAGAGGAGGGAGCCCUGGGUGAAUCUUCAUGCCCAAAAUAGUGCCCGGUGGGGAGGAGGAGCCCACUCCUUGUUGAGUAAAUGACCUGUGGAGACUGGAGCCUCAUGUCCCUGGGUUGGAGGGUUUCCAGGACCACAGGAACAAGGGGAGCACCCUGGGUCAGGCAGGAGUGGAGGUGUCCCCACUCUCACCACCUGCCCCUCAGACCCAAAGCUCCCUCCCCACCUGCCUGCCCACCUGGGGCUUCUGGGCCACCCCCAACCCCAGAGGCUGCCCUGCAAGCUGUCAUCAAGGUCCUCCUGGAGGUGGGAUCCAUGACGUAGGCCAUGACUCUCUGGGACUUUGCCGCAGCCCCCACUCCUCUGCUGGCCAUCUGCAGGGAUGCCCCUGUGGGGGCUUUCAUCCUGCUAGCCACCCCCACACACACGCCUGUCCCUGGCCAGCAGCCCGCCUGCGAGCAUCAGGCACACAGGGACAGACACGGCGAGCACAGCCCAGGCCCGGGGCCCACGGCAGCAUGGACCCUGGGAACUGCCCUCCCCCUAGCUCACAGUGCCUGCGGUAGCCACUCUAGGCCUCUGGCCUUCCUUGACCACUCCAUUUAAUUCUCUCUGCUGUUUGGGUAGGGUCUUUCCCCUUAGUUAUUUGUGGUUUUCCUGUAUUUUAUGUUAAUAUUUCUAUUAAGAACAUUUUGGGCACAUGGACCCAAGCCCCUGGGAAGGAAGUGGCGUCUGGUGGAGCCUGAUGUCUCCCCGUCCACGCACCACGGAUAUCCAUGCGCAGGCCCAGGGCUGUCCCUGCUUGUAAAUCGAGGGUCUGCAGAGUUCACGUUCAGGUAGACGUGGGUGCCUGGGAACGAGGCCAUCAGCUGUCGUGCACAUAACAAAGGCGAUGCAUUCCUUCUUAUUUUUCCUUUUUAAAAAUCGAUGAAUCAUUUGUGAUGCUUUUAACAAAGAUUAAAUGAAUUUGAUCAGC